CUAGCCCACGCAACAUUGCUUUUUUGUUAUCAGAACGUUGUUUGUCCCACUAAACGGCAAAUAUUCACAUUUUUCAGAGACGAUCAUGUUCGAGUGACGUGUGCAUAUCUAUGGGGACAGCGUUCAGAUCUCCUGCCAGUUAUUCUUGAAGAUAAACAGAUGAGUGUCAUUGGCCUGCCUAAGAACUACACAGUGGUAUCGACUGCCUUUAAAAGUAUGGUUAAUUGAUUUGGAGGACUCUAAUCAUGCCACGUAAUUGCUGUAGAUGUGAAUGAAGAAUCCUCACGGAGACCUGGACUAAACAGAUACUGUUCUUCAAAUCGGUCAAAAUGUCGUCACUAGAGGCGCUUGGAUCGUUGCUCGACUCAGAGCAGCAGAAUGAUACAUUCGAGCGCGAGCAAGAGGAGCUGCACAGAGCAAUCGACUUUGAGAUUAACACUCAUCAGUUGGGGUUCGAGGAUACAAACUUAGCAGGCGAUAAUUGCCACUGGGAUCUAGCAGACGAUAACGCGAUCGCGGCAGAGACAGAGCCGUGUGGAAUUAAAGUGAAGGAAGGGAAACUAGCAGCAGACGAGCAGUGUUGCUCACCUCAAAAAUUUGCAGACGAUCACGACGACAAGAAAGAAAAGCGUACGCUCAGGGCCCCUUGUUUGAAGGGAUCUUCUCACCACCGGCGAGGAAACGACGGCAAACGUCUGCGCGUUGAAUUUAUCAUGGAUGACGGCGACUCGGAGAAAAAUUCCCUUAGAACCGACGUUGAGAAGGAAUUUAAUAACAUCCAUGGAAGGAAACAUGGGGGGUCGAUGCAUUCAAGGUUUAGGCAGCCUAGACUGUCGCUUCUUGGGAAACCGAUAGCCUACCGACCGCCUCCGGACCCCCACUACAGAAAGGUUCAGUCAAAAGUAUACAACUUUCUGGAAAGGCCCAAGGAUUGGACCUCCAUAGCGUACCAUGUGUUCGUGUAA